AACGCUGGCCACCGAUUGGUGGCACCGGGACGCUCGUGGGUAGGAGUGGCGCGCGGUGGCCGAGGCGCGGGAGGUUCGGAGGGCCAGCUGGCGGCUGGAGCUGUAGUUCCGAGACUCUGAGGACCAUGGAAGACUAUGAGGAGCAGCUGCAUGGCGUGGAGGAUGAUUUCCAUAGCCAGUUCGCGGCCGAGCUCGAGGUGUUGGCCGAGCUGGAAGCAGGGGCGCCGGCCCUGGCGCCAUCCGGGAGCCUGCGGGCCCCUGCGAGCCGGCGCCAGCUGACCUUCGAAGAGGCCAUUGCCGGCGGGGACGCUGCCCCACACCCCUGUCACGCAGGGUCUCCAGGGAUUGAUAGCCGCAAUGCCAAGAAAAAUAGUCACAGGGACGAGCUUCAGUCUCCCGACCCCAAGAUCAAACGGCCCAGGCUGGAGGCUGUGAAGAGGCCGAACCUUGAGCCAGAGAUGAAGGAGGAGCUCCUGUUUCUUGAUUCCCCUCCGAGGGACAUCACCCCCCCAUUGAGUCCCGAGGUCCCCCCUGAGCUGUGGGAUGCUGGGCCUCCAGAUGAUGGUGUGGACAAAGGCAUCAUGCAGGCUCUGCCAGGUGCCUGCAAUCCUGUCUUGAGGCGGCCCCCUAUCUUAGAGGAUUACAUUAAUGUGACAUCCACAGGUGGAGACCGGGCCUUUUUGGUGCUGCGGGCUGACCCUACAGGAACUGGGGUGCAGAGCCCACUUCUGGAUGUCCAGUGGCGAGGCCGUAGCCAGCUGGAUCUGCUGGGUGUGCCUUUCAUCUCCCUCAAGGAACAGGUUGACAGCAAGCGACGGCAUCAACUGCUUAAGGAGGCCGAACAACUCUCAGACACUUUGCAUAGCCUCAGGUCUGAAGGAGAGGAGGCUCUGCUUGUGGGAACCCCUGAAGAGGAGCCAGCUUAUGGUCAAGACACAAACCAACACUGCCUCUGGGUAGAUGAAUUUGCACCCCGGCACUACAAGGAGCUGCUCAGUGACGAUUUUACCAACCGCUGCCUCCUCAAGUGGCUGAAACUAUGGGACCUAGUGGUGUUUGGCCAUGAGAGGCCUACCCGGAAGCCCAGGCCCAGUAUAGAGCCAGCCCGGGUUGGGAAGGAGGCUAUGGGCCCUGGCAAGUGGAAAAGCCAUGAGCAGGUGUUGGAGGAGAUGCUGGAAGCUGAGCUGGACCCAAACUGGCGACCCCGGCAGAAGGUGGCACUGCUGUGUGGCCCUCCAGGCCUGGGCAAGACCACGCUGGCACAUGUGGUUGCACAGCAUGCAGGGUACUGUGUGGUGGAGAUGAAUGCGAGUGAUGACCGUAGUCCUGAGGCCUUCCGUACGCGCAUUGAAGCAGCCACACAAAUGGAGUCAGUCCUCGGUGCGGGUGGGAAACCCAACUGCCUGGUUAUUGAUGAGAUCGAUGGGGCCCCCACGGCCGCCAUCAAUGUUCUCUUGAGCAUCUUGAAUCGCAAAGGUCCACCGGAGGUGGAGCAAGGAGGCCCAGCUGUACCUGGAGGUGGGGGCCAGCGACGCAGGGCCGAGGGUGGUCUCCUGACGAGGCCCAUCAUUUGCAUCUGCAAUGAUCAGUUUGCACCAUCUCUGAGGCACCUGAAGCAGCAGGCCUUCCUGCUCCAUAUCCCGCCAACUCUACCCUCCAGGCUGGUUCAGCGACUCCAGGAGAUCUCCCUGAGGCAUGGCAUGCAGUCUGACCCUGGUGCACUGGCUGCCCUCUGUGAGAAGACUGACAACGACAUUCGAGCCUGUAUCAACACCCUACAGUUUCUGUAUGGGCGGGGCCAGCGAGAGCUGAGUGCAAGGGAUGUGCAGACCACCCAUGUCGGCCUGAAGGACCAGCGCAAGGGGCUAUUCUCCGUGUGGCAAGAGGUCUUCCAGCUGCCCCGGGCUCAAAGGCGACUUACGGGCCAGGACUUGACCCUGCCAGCCCAUACUCUCCUACUCAGUGAUGGGGACAAGGGCUCCCUGACCCUGGCCUCCCAGCGCUUCUACCAUAUCCUGCAUGUCACCACCUCUGCAGGUGAACAUGAGAAAGUUGUCCAGGGCCUGUUUGACAACUUUUUGCGUCUGCGGCUACGGGACUCCAGCCUGGGUACUGUAUGCUGUGCUCUUGACUGGCUAGCCUUUGAUGACCUGCUGGAGCAGGCUGCCCACCGUAGCCAGAGCUUCCAGUUGCUGCGUUACUUGCCCUUUCUGCCUGCAGCCUUCCACGUGCUCUUCGCCUCCAGUCAUGUGCCUCGCAUCCUUUUUCCCAGCAGCCAGCAGGAGGCCCAGACCCGGAUGAACCAGACAAGGAAUCAGAUCCAGACACUGGUGUCAGGUAUGGCACCAACUACCCGUAGCCAGGCCACACCUCAGACUCUUGUUCUAGACACCCUCUGCCUACUCCUGGAUGUCCUUGCACCCAAGCUGCGCCCUGUGAGCACACAGCUGUACAGUGCCCGCGAGAAGCAGCAGCUGUCCAGCCUCGUGGGCACCAUGCUUGCCUACAGUCUCACUUACCUCCAGGAACGCAUGCCUGAUGGGCAGUACCUCUACAGGCUAGAGCCGAAUGUGGAGAAGGUCUGCCGCUUCCCUGAGCUGCCUGCCCGCAAGCCCCUCACCUACCAAGCUAAGCAGCUGAUUGCCCGGGAGAUUGAGGUGGAAAAGAUGCGGCGGGCAGAGGCUUUGGCCUGGGCUGGAGGUGGCCCUCAGGUGGACCAGAGUCCUUCAGGGCCUGAGCUGGGAGACAGUCGGGAUAAAGGGGUAAAGCGACAUGCCCCACGUAACCAUGAGCAGCGGCUGGAACACAUCAUGAAGAGAGCAGUCCAGGAGGAGCAGCCUGAGAGGGACUUCUUUGGACGUGUGAUUGUCCAGAGAGUGGCAGCUCCAAGUAAAGAGGUCGAGGCCCCCAAGAAGGACACAGCUGAGUGGCGCAUGGGUGUGGCAGUGGGCAGGAGUGAGGUGUGGUUCCGGUUCAACGAGGGUGUCUCCAAUGCUGUUCGACGCAGCCUGUACAUCAGGGACCUGCUCUAGCCCCACUCCCAGGACACCAGAUCACUGGCUCCCACAGGGAACAACGUACAAGAAACACAGAUGCCUUGAGAAGUCUUUAUAAAAUCACACCUUAAACACACUGUGUGGGUCAGGCUCA